UACUAUGUCCAGUAGGAGCUUCCAGGGACUGAAGCAACAGGCAGAAGGUGCAGCCAAGGAUGCUGCAAACACUUUUGGACAGGCUGCUCAGGACGCAGUCAACCAGGUUACGGAUGCAAGUCAGAAAGCUAUUGAUCAGGCUUGCAAGGCAGCUCAAGAUGGUGUAGAAAAAGCAACUGGACAAGCUGCAGAAGCAAUAUCUGGCUUGGGGAAAAAAUGUGGAUUUAAGAAAUGAUACUUUAAGCAAACAGUACUGUAUGUAAAAUGCACCUUUUGUUUUGCAGUUCCCUAUGCCUUUGUGUAGAAAAAUGAAAGCUGUUUGAGAUAUGGAUAACUUUCUCCAAACAGAAUAUUUUAAUGCAGAAUGCCCUCCUUAUUCUUCCUGCAGGAGAAUACAUAUUUUAGCACAUCUUGUUUCAUCUGUUUGUCAUGUUCUCUUCGAAAUGGAUCACAAGUCCUAAGCAAUGUUAUUGCCCUGCUCUUUCAACAGCACAGGGAUUAUUGCCACAUUCGUUGAGUAUGAGCUUACAGAAAUACUGAAACUACUAAUGUUCCAGCAUAGUAGGACAUUCAUAUUCUGAAACCAAGCUUUCUUUCCAUAACCAAAAUUGGUUAGUGCUAUAUUUCAUGUCACUUGUUCAUUUGUUCCAUCCUGUUUUUCUAUGUUAAAUAAAAAAAUAUAGC